AUGUUACUUUCCGAAUCCAAAGUCAAUCUCUUCGACUCUUUUAAAGCUGAUUCUCCAGUUGACGAGUUUAGCAGACCCAAAAAAUUUAUCAAGUCUGGAUCAAGUCCUCUUAAGCCACCAAAUAUGAUUAUUUUGGAAGAUGAAAAUGAUGAUGAUGACGAACGUUUGGCUCGACGAAAGUCGCGUCUAUUGGAGCCCCAUCCCGCCAGCGUUAAUAGUCCAAGCGCUAACUCUACUGCAGCUAGGCGACGUGCAGACGCCGCUGCUCCACGUGGUAUACCUCAGGCACAAAUUGGUGAACAUUAUGGCAAUUGUAUUCGACUAGCUGCAGAAAAUAAGAUCACCGCAAAAAAUGCUUUCAACUUACAUUUGAUCGAUUACAUGAGUGAAAUGAUAAAAAAGGAGGACUUUGCAAGCUUCCAGAUUGCCAGCUCAUCGUUGGAUGCUGGAGCAAAAAUAUAUGCAGGUCGUGUCGAUGCUGUACAUCAAGAAACAUAUCAAGUUCUUACUGGACUUGGUCGAUCAGGCAAUCCUCAAAAUGAAGAGAAUGAGAGCAAUGCUGAUAAUGUUGAUGAUGACGAUAAGGCACAUUCACAUUCCAAACCAGAGCAAAAAAAGAAAACUGCUGCACAUCGAGAUAUUAUUCAUAAACAACUCAAUAAAAUUCGAAUUAAAACAUUAGCUGAUAAGAUUGAUGUUGACCCUUUGUUUCAACAUCAAACAGCUGCCUAUGAUGAGGGGGGCACUGCUGAACUAAGAUUAAACCAACUUUCCACUGCUAAUGCUUCCUGUGAGUUAAUUUUAGACUCAUCAACCCCUGUUAUGCUCCGUACAUUGACUACUACUCAAUCAACAACUCCAAUGAAUGUUACAAAUAUUACAGAGUUUUUGUCUUCAAUACUUUCAAAAUCACUAAAUCAAUUGUCAAUAUGCUCUACGUUGCAAAACUUCCGUUUUACGGAUUGGGAUCUAAACAAGAACAACUUUGCUUCAAAUAACCAAAUGAAUUGGGAUACAAAUUCACAACCUGUUAACUUAUUUAAUCAAGACCAUAAUGACGACAAUGAUGAUGACAAUGGAUUUACUCCUCUUCCAGUUCAAGAUGAUAGUUUUUGUGAUAAUAUUCAUGAAGAUAUAAACGUGGAACCAGUGUUCGAAACUGGAAUGCAAGUCGAGGUGAAUGGUUCAUCAGCAGAAGCUGUAAAUAAUAAUAUUGGGUCUGACAAUCUAUUGGCUGUUACUGAAAAUACAACUACUACUACUGCUACUACAGCAGACGGUGAAUUAUUUGUAUCGUGUUUAAAAAACAUGCUGGAUAAACAGUAUGAACAUUUUGGAAAAUUAAAUGAUCAUCUAUUGGGUAUGUGGGCAGGACCUGAACAUUGGCGUAAAAAAGCUAAAAGACCAAAGUUGGAUGGUGCGGUUAAAUCAAAUGAAGAUAACCCUGACAAAAACUUGGAACAUGAACCAGGUGAGAAUGAAACGAAAGUUGUCAAAACAAUCGCUAGUCGAAAAAUGACCAAAUCGAAAAAAGAUAAAGCGCUAAGAAUUUCUUAUAGUGAAACAAUGCAACCAAGCGAGAAUCGAACGAGGAGUGGUAAACUAUCCAGACGAGAUUGGCUCAAAAAUGUCCUAUCCUCUGGUGUAGAGAAUAGUUCCGCGUCCAACUCUACUGUAUUUAAAGAAAGCUACAGACAGAAAGCCAAUCGUCAAAUGAACAUGCUUCCUUCAGAAUGGUCUGAUUCGCGUCAGACUUUAUAUCAACUUGUUAAUCGAGAUGUGAUUCUGCGUUCAAAUGUCCUUUCUGAUGGUAGAAAUCUCACAAACUGCAAUAACAUUACGGCUGAGAAUGCAGACUAUAUGAUUGGAACUAAUGAAUUAUGCGCAGUUUUAAAUGUUGGUAGCUCUGAACGACCUGUCGACAAUGAGUAUGAAGAUGUUGACGGUGGACUUGAUCAGCUGGGGAACCAUCAAGAUGACGACGACGAUGAUGAUGACGCAAUAAUCCCAUUCGAAUGUGCAUUUACACAAAACACUGGCUACAAUGAUGGAGAAUUAGCUGAUAUGGAAUUAAUUUCUCAACCAAAUAAAGUGGCACGCAUUGAGAUUGGUUACGCCCGAACUGCGAAAAUGAUAAAUGUUCAACGAUUAAAGUGUGCCAUGUGGGGAUUUCUUGAACAUUCUAUUCCUCAUGUUGGCCUAAAUAUUCCAUCUCAGUCACCAUUAUCUGUUGCUUCUACAACCUCAGCUCCUGAUGCUAGUAGUUUCGUAGACGAGCCAACAUCUGCUACUAAUUUAAAUGAAAACCAACAACAGUAUCCAGUGAAUGAGCAUGUUAUUGAAUCAAACACUGAAAGAACAUCAGGUCUGCCUAAAGUUUCCGGGGCUCGAGGCUUCUCAGAAGUUAUCGACAAUUUAUCAGGUCGUAUAAGUUGGCAAAUGGCUAAAGAACUUAGCAUAUCAAUUGCUUUAAAUUGUCUUUUACAUUUGUCUAACGAAAAACAAUUAUAUUUAGAAAAUGUGGAUAGUUUUUCAGAUAUAUUCAUCUCUCAAGGUUUGCCUUCAUUUGAAUUAAAACAUCUUGAAACUUACACUAAUCCAUGUGAUAACAAUGACGAUAUGCUAUCUAGUAAUAAAGCAAAGUUGAACAAUCAAAAACGCCAUAAAACUCAACAUAUGCGUCCGUCUACUUUAGAUUCAUGGCUUGUUGAUAAUGAUUGAAGAGAUAUUUGUUUAAUAAUCUAUCAAAUCAUGCAGACAAUCAUGUUGUAUAGAAAUGCUAAUAUUUUUUUUAUUCUUUCAACUUUCAUUAAGAAUGUAUUUUAUGUAUUGUAAGAUCUGGAUUUGUUUUGUACAGUUACGAUGUCUAUGUAUAUAUAUAUAUAUAUUUCUUUGUAUAUAUGAGAUUGUAUUUCUGCUGUUUAUUUGUUUAUAUUCUUACGUAAUAUUCAAUUAUAUUCCAUUUCAUGGACAUCAAAACUUCUGAACUAACUUUGUCUUUUGAUAAAUCCAGAUUUUACUCCCUCUUAUUACAGCAGACGUACGUGCUCAUCUUUCUUUAUAACUCAUAUGAUCAUAUGCUCAAAUGCAACCAUGCUUAAUAAUGUCUGUCUAGUUAGUCCUAUUCAUAUUAUGCUUGGUUUUAUCUCUAGAUACCCACUGUGUAAUGUUAUACAUCAUUGUGUUUUCCUUGUCAUAAUUUUUGUCUUAUGAUUACACAUGUGGUUACGUAUAUAUAUGUGUGAGUUUACUCGAGUUGAAUCUUGCGCUUACACACACAAUCCUUCUCUAUUUGUUACUCUACUUUUUGUCUCAGUGGAUUGUUAUCAUGUUCUGAAUUUGUUUUAAUGAUUUACCUUCAUUUAUUUUCGUAUUAAAUUGUAUUUAUUUUAUUUUGUUAGUGUGAAAAUUAAAGAAAAAAUUUUCUGUUUAAAUUUAGUAAUUAUGUUCAUCUUAAUCUAAAGGUUAUUUAAAUGUGUGUUUGCGUUUUUUAUAUUCGAUUGUUGUAUUAUGG